UUCUAUAGCUCUUUUUUUCUUAAAUAGUGAUUUUGUUAAAUAUAAAUAAUUUAUUAAAUAAAAUAAAGUCAUGAGUUUUUUCAAUGAUUUCCAUCAAUUCUCAGAUAUUUCCAGUAUUUCGACAAACUCUUAUUCUAGCAACAGAUUAAUUGAAAGAAUAGACUCAGUGUACAGUUCUUUGGAUAAUCACUCUAGUAUCAUAAAAAGUAGCAAUAAAUCAUCAACAAGUCAAGAAAUAAAUGCAAAUGAGAAAGUUGUAAAGUCUUUGGUAUUGUGUGAAGAAAGUAUCAAUGAGCAUAUAAAAGCCAACAUUGUCUAUCAGUGUGUGAAGGAAGCAUCUCUGAACCAUAGUAAUAUUCUAUCGAGGAGUACAGCUAGCAAGUUGCAAGCAUUGCUUUUGAUUCAUGAACUUGACAAGUACAUGCAUCUUCCUUCGUCAACAAAAUAUGUGCAAGAUGAUCUGACACUUUUGGGAAUUACUAAUUUACCUGCGUCUGAUUUAACUCUUGAUGAGAAAUCAGAUGUGAGAUGCUGUAUUGAAACAAUACUCCGAGAAAGAAUACAUGAUAUGUUAUUAAGAUAUGAAACUAUAGGUGGAAAUGCUAAAAAAGUCUCGAAGAAUAAUGAAUGUGAUAUACGUAGCAAAUUCUUGGAUUGCCAUGAUGUACCAGCAUUACAUUGGUGGCGCAAAAUUGAAGAAUAUAUUCAGCAAUAUGAAAGCGACUUAUUGAAAUACGCAAGUUUAAUUGAUAAGUGGAAUAAACUGAAGUAUGAGGACCUAAACCAAGCAUAUUUAGACAAGACAACACAUUUGCUACUGCAAGUGCAAGUCUCAGAGUUGCAAGCAAAGAUAACAAAACUUUCUUGCACAAUUAGAAUGUUCAAGGAAACUCCAAUUACUAAAAAUGCUUUCAAAAUGAUAAACCAAUUGAUCGAAGAUAAAUUAAACACAGUCAUGGAUGAAAUUCGCCAAAAAGAGGAUUUAAAGAAGCUUUAUGAUAAUUUGAAAAACACCGAAUACGAUCAAGUGCUGAAAAACUACACACAGCUUUGCAACGCAAUCAAAAAGAAAAAGCAACUCUUGGACAUGAUUAAAUAACUAUAAAUUAAGCGCAAUUUUAAUAUUGAUUAAAAAGUAUUUUAUUUAAGAAUGUGAUGCGAGAAAGACUAAAAGAAAUUUUCUACAUUUCUAUCUUAUAAUUUGCAUUUGCAUAUAAUGCUUCUUUGAUUAUAAUGUUUCUUUAAUAUUUUAUCAUAGGUUUUACUUAAUAAGUUACUUCAUAUAAUUUAUGUACCUUGAUAAAUUAUAUUAAAGAUAAAACUUUUUAUUCACUAU